AUGUCAAAAGAAAAUGUGAAAAGCAUCGAGACCAGGAUUGUUCAUUUGACUGCCCAUGAUGUGGACACCGGGGCAAUAGUGCCUCCGUUGUACCUUUCAACGACGUUCCAGCAAAAAGAGCCUGGAGUGGCAACGGGUGGAUAUGAAUAUUCACGAAGCGACAAUCCUACGCGAAAUCUGCUAGAGCAAAGCGUUUCUGCAAUUGAGGGCUCCGAGGAAACGCUAGGUGGGGAUACUCGUAUAUAUUUCCACAUAGGCGUUGCAUUCUCCAGCGGAUCCGCCGCAUUGCUAGCGGUCAUCUUGAGCUUAAAUGCAAACAAUAAGAUCGUUGCUGGGACCGAUCUUUACGGCGGAACGCACAGAUUCUUGCAAAAAAUUGCAAAUGAAAAGCUCAACAUUGACACUUUGUACAUUGAUGUGGACAAGCACAUCGAUACAAAGGAAAUUGAAAAUUUUUCACCAUCCCUCAUAUGGAUUGAGUCUCCAUCAAAUCCCGGAUUAAAAGUGGCAGAUAUUGGCUUUUUUGCAGAGCUUGCCCAUACCGUAAAUGGCGUAUUGGUGGUGGAUAAUACUUUUAUGACGCCCUAUCUUCAGAAUCCUUUGAAGCUCGGAGCUGAUGUGGUGGUCCAUUCCGCAACGAAGGCAUUGAAUGGCCAUUGUGAUGCAUUGCUUGGAAUCGCAUUGACAAAUAGUCGGGUCAUGCACGAGAAAAUUAAAUUCAUGCAAAAUGCGUUGGGCGCCGUACCCAGUCCAAUAGAUUGCUUUUUGGUGCUGAGGGGCAUGAAGACCCUGUGUGUGCGCAUGAAAAGGCAAUCAGAAUCGGCCAAAUUUAUAACCUGCAAACUGAGACAAGAAGCGGUUGAGGGAAUUGAAGAAAUCCUGUAUCCCGACGAACAUUUGAAGGGGGCGCGUCAAGAGCUCAUCACGAGACAACACCACAUGAACCUGCAUGGUUCCAUGUUUAGCGUGGUAUUUAAUUUUUUCUCGAAACCGCAAUUAUUUGGCUUUAUUUCCAACAUGGCGAUUUUUACACUGGCCGAGUCUCUUGGGGGGGUUGAGAGCCUGGUCCAGGUUCCCUCACUGAUGUCGCAUUCUCAGAUGACCGCGCAACAGAGAACCAGGGCAAGCAUUUCGCCGUUUCUUGUGCGCUUUUCGGUAGGGUUAGAAAAUGCACAAGAGCUUUUUGAGGACAUCCAAGUUGCCCUCCAAUUUGCUCUCAAAUUUGCCCCGAAAUUUGGCACAAAAAAUUACUAA